AGACGACGAGAGCACAGGCUUUCAUUUCUAGGCCGGGUAGGUCCUAUCAACACAAGUGAACGGGAAAAUAGAUAAAGAAUUGGCUGUACAAUCUUUAUCCAUCCUUGCAAGAAAGCUUAAUACAAGGAAAUACGUCGUUAUAGGUGACCUCAAGUAAUCGUUUUACGUGGAACUGAACCCGACGGCAUAGAGGAAGAGGUGCAGAGAAAAAUUUCCAUACUCGAUGACAUUACAUCGCAAUGUCCGAUCGUUUGGGGCAAAUAACCAAGUCCAAGGAUGGGAAAAGCAAGUAUUCCUCGCUCAGCCUGUUUGACAAGUACAAGGGAAAGGCAAUAGAAUCUCAGAAAACCACCGUUGUUCCACGACAUGGCUUGCAAAGUCUUGGCAAAGUGGCCGCUGCCCGGCGCAUGCCCCCACCUGCUCACCUGCCGAGCCUGAAGUCUGAAAACAAAGGAAACGAUCCCAACGUGAUUAUCGUGCCCAAAGACGGAACAGGAUGGGCAAACAAGCAGGAACAACAACCCGAUCAAAAGAGUUCCAGUGUAUCAUCAGCACAGCUGCCGGAGUCGCAGCCGCAGCUGGCUUUACAGAAAUCUGUCUCCAAUCUUCAGAAGCCUACAGCAGUAGCCAGCCAGGAGAGCACAAACACAGGUGGACCAAAGCAAUGGGCACAGCUAAAUGGAAAGGCAGUAGAACCCGAUGGUUCAAGGGUCUCAAACCGACUGCAGCCCUUCUCUCACGAGGAAUUUCCGACGCUGAAGGCGGCUGGCGAACAGGACAAGGUUGGCAAGGAAAGAAGCGCCUACGAUCCGUCGUAUGGGCCCGGACCAAGCCUCCGCCCCCAGAAUGUGACGAGCUGGAGGGAGGGUGGAGGGAGGAACCUGCAGCCCUUCGGCCUGUCGAUGGGCCUGUCCCCCGAGCCCGACGUCAAGGGUGGCAGCGGCGGUGGCAGUGGAGGUGCGGCUGACCCCGCGGCCGCCCUCCCUCCUCCUCCUCCUUCUUCUUCUUCUCUACCUCCUCCCUCCUCCUCCUCCUCCUCCUCCUCCAACCCCACCUCCGCUGCCGGAGUCUCCAACGCAGCCAUCUCCUCCUCAUCAUCAUCAUCCACUGCUGCUGCUGUGGUCGCCGGUGUUGCUCCCAACACCGCCGCCAUCGCCGCUGCAGCCCCCUCUUCGUCCUCCUCCUCUUCCUCCUCCAUGGAACCCAAGGAGCCCUCCCUGCGGGCCGCCUCCCAGGCCCCGCGCCGCCCCCUCUCCGGCCUCUCAGCCUUGCAGUACCAGCUACAUCACGCCGCCGCCACCUACCACGACAUGCUGCCCGCCUUCAUGUGUCCCAAAGAGCCGCGUGAGGCCCCUGGCAUGCCCGAGCUCGCCCCUCCCCCUGCCGUGGGAGCCCCCAUGCGCUUCGACGCCCGGCCCAACUUCAGACCCCCCUUCCCUGCCACCGAGCCAGUCAACGGGGAGGUGAGGCGAGAGAACCGCUUCGUCCGUGCCCCCCCUCGUCUGGCAGCGCGGCCCAUCCGUCGUCCCGGCGACCGGCCCCCACGGCCCGCCAUCAUCAACCCUGAGGACCUCAAGGACCUGGAUGACCUCGACAAGGACUGUGAGGACGGCUGGGCAGGUCUCCAUGAGGAAGUGGAUUACAGCGAGAAGCUCAAGUUCAGUGACGAUGAGGAAGAGCAUUCGCCUGGCGACAAGAAUAAGAUUUGGGGUGAGUGGGAACACCACCGUGAUCGCCAGUCAUCCUUCAGCUCCGGGGAGGGCGUGUAUGCCCACGAUGCCACCGAGGAGGAGCAGUACCAUCGCCACCCGGACGCCGUGCCCGCCAGGAAGACCAACGGCCGCUACCCUUCCACAGACUCACAGCCCCAGCAGAAGGGCAGUGAGUCCGCGGAGGAGCAGGAGGAGGUUCACCGUACCUCGGGGCCGGCGGGGCGGAGCAAGUUUGCGUCGGCCGAGCUGUCGGAGGCGGUGGAGCGGGCGCGGAGGAGGCGGGAGGAGGAGGAGCGCCGUGCCCGGGAGGAGCGUCUGGCCGCCUGCGCCGAGAAGCUCAAGAAGCUGGACGAGAAGUUUGGGAAGAGCGAGAGGCCCUCGCCACGCUCCGCGGAACCCCCCAAGGAGGACGAGGGCAAGGAGGCCACCGCCCACUCCCCCAGCAGGGACAGCGGCAAGCACCACCCCCACGAGGCAUCAUGGCACUACGGCAACAAAGAUGCAUCAGACCUGCCGUCCGAACCGUGCCCCAACCAGGACUAUCGGGACAGCACCAGCCCUGGCUUCGGUUACCACGGUGACGAGGACAGGGACGACUCCACGUCCCCCGUGGCCGACUACGGCCGCCACCAGAAGCCCAUGGCCCCCCGCUUCCACAAGCACCAGCACCAGGAGCAGAUGUAUAAGAUGCAGCAGUGGCAGCAGCAGCAGCAGCAGCAGCAGCAGCAGUCUGGCCAUGCCCCCCCUGCCGGCUCCGGCCACCCCCAGCGUGGCUACUACCCCCCUCAUGUGCUCGGCUUCGACCCCCGCUGGAUGAUGAUGCCCCCCUACAUGGACCCCCGCAUGGCCCCCGGACGCUCCCCCGUGGACUACUACCCCAACCCUGUGCACUCCUCAGGCACCAUGAAGCCCAUGAUGCAGCCAGACCACCUGAACAGCCCCAGCUCUGCCUCUGACGAGGGCUGCCAUCCUAGCAUGCUCUCCGAGCGGAGGGCCCCCUCCACCGAGCCCUACCCUGCCUGGAGCCAAGAUGGCUACCCCGCCCGCAGCUUCACGCCGCCCUACCAGCAGCGUCAGAGGGAGAGCAGCGACCGCAGCCAGGGAGACGACAGGAGUGAGCGCGCCUGCUCGCAGCAGGACUCGUACGAGGAGCGAGGCAGCGAGUGCCUGGACAACGUCGCCGGCGGAGACGGAGGACUAGACCCACAACAACAACAACACCACCACCAGGCCUACCGCCACGACGCCCAACCCAUGACCAACACUGCCACCAGCGGCGGCAGCGGCGACCACACCAAAACCGAGGAGAUGCAGUCCAGAACAGGGCAGCACGGCAGUGACGACGUGUUCGACAAGGAGGCCGCUGAGUUCUGGAGGAAGCAGGGCCAGAUGAAGAAGGAGAGUAGUAGUGGUGGUGCCGGUGGAACCAGCCCACAGCAGCAGUGGUCUGAGCCCGCUUCCUCCAGCAGCAGCGUGGGCCAGCCCUCAGAGUCCGGUGGCAGCGGUAUGGGCGGCGGCGGCGGUGGUGUUGGUGGUGCCAGUUCUAGUGGGCGCUCGCUGACAGGUCGUCGCACCGGUCCGAUCAAGAAGCCUGUGCUGAAGGCCCUGAAGGUUGAGGACAAGGAGAACGAGAAACCCAAACCGGAGCCGGAGGAGAAGGUAGUACCCUACCGCCUGGAGAAGGAGGUGCUCACCAACGUCUACGACCUCAAGAAGGACAACCAGCCGCUGCCCAGCAGACACUCCCACUCCCACUCGCAGCAGCAGCAGCAGCAGCAGCAGCAGCAGCAGGCAGCCCCUCUGGACAAGACACCCCAGCAACAUCAGCAGCAACAUCAACAGCAGCUGGAAGAGAAGGAGAGGUACGCAGUGCCUGGACGGGGGGAUAGAGAGAGGGAGAGAGACCGAGACAGAGAGAGGCAACCUCAGCAGUAUCAGCAGCAUCAUCAAUACCACAGCAGCAGCAGCAGCAGUAACGCUCCAGAGGAGAACAAGGAGAACAACAGCAGCAGCAGCAGCUGGGAAAAGACUCAGCCCCAGUCUCAGAGCGGCAUCUCGUCCAGAGACACGCCGCCGGAGAACCGUGAGGCCUCUGUGCCACGCCGCAACAACUGGAUCUUCAUCGACGAGGAGCAAGCGUUUGCCGGGGCGAGAGGAGGUGCCGCGAGGGGAAGCGGAGGAAGAGGAGGAGGAGGAGGCCGGGGCUUCCGAGACUUUGGCGCCCGCGGCGGGGGUGGCCGAGGCGGCCGCGGGGAUAAUAAUCCCAGGGGCGGAGGAUACGGCGCUGGCAGCGCCAAUAACAACGGCGGGAACUCCCAGAGGACUGGACGUGGCGGAGGAGGGCGCAGCAGCGGGCCACCGCGGGAGUACGUCAAGGUGGAGGACAUCCAGAGGGGCAAGCCACGGCGCCGCAACGUGAGCGAGACGCUGAGCGAGGCCUCAGAGUACGAGGACCUGCCCAAGCGCCGGCGACAGAAGGGCACCGAAAAUGGAGACGGGGACGGCAGCACCGGUGGUGGCGUCUCCUCCUCCUACACACCCGUCAACGCUGACGCCUCCAAGAAGGCCGAGCGAGACAACUGGCGCUCCAACAAGGUGUACACGGACGAGCAGGCCGGCGGUGGGGGUAACGUGAGCGGAGGAGACACCAGGGAUAAGCCCAAAGCUUCCACCAGGGGAUUCGGCCGCUCCCUGCCCCCUCGCCUCAACAACAACAACACCAGCGGUGGUUACCAGCAGCAGCAGCAGCAGCAGCAGCAGCAGCAGCGAAGCUUCACAGCACCACGCGACAUCUCCACCUGGAGGGGCCGACCCACUCAGCAGUUCGGGUCUAGCAGUGGGUCCGGGUCUGGUUCCGGUGGCUCGGCCCAGGAGAACGGCUACAGCCUCGGAACCGACGCCGCCUACUCCUCCAGACGCACCGCAGCGGCGCCAGCGGUGGCAGAACGGGAGCCCGUGAAGUACCAGCAGAAGUUCACCUCCGCCUCCUUCAUGGAGAACGGCGUGGAGGAGCAGCGCGACAGGGAGCGGGAGCGCGGAGGCAUGGGCACGCCCGAGGGAGACCUGUACGUGGACGGCGAUAACCCCGACAGCCGGCAGCCCCUGAGGCGCCGACGACCCCCGCGCCAGGACAAGCCUCCGCGCUUCCGCCGCCUGCGUGGCGAGCGCGAGCCCGGCAGCGGACAGUGGAACAGCGACGAGUACGUGAACGGAGGCGAGUUCGCCAACCCCUGGCCCGGCCGCACUGGCAAGAGCGGAGAGGAGGGCUGGCCGGGACACUACGGCGGAGGGAGAUCCCACGAGCUGGGCGGCAACCAGCAAGGGGAAGACUGGGAGUCUGGAUCAGACAGCGACUUCAGCGACUGGAGGGAGAAGCGAGGAGGAGGAGGCCAGCACGGAGGAGAUGUGCCGUCGGAUUCGGGCCACAGCGAGCCGGGCUCUGGGGAGAAGCAGCAGCGUGGCGACGGGCAGCACCCCUCCAGCAGCAAGCGCAGCUUCUCCAGCCAGCGCCCCCUAGUGGAGCGGCAGAACAGGAAGGGGGAGCCGCCGAUCAUGGAGGGAGGCAAGAUGAGCAGCCGCUCGCAAGACACACCCACCUCCGCCGGCUCGGCCAGUAGGAACGACGGCUGGCAGAACGGCGUGUCUCCCACCUGCAAAAGGAGUCCAGAGGAGGUGGCGGCGAGUCUGGGCUCUGGCUCUGUGUACAGCGUGGAGUCAGCGGAGGAGAGCCUGCAGCAGGGCCCAGCGGAGGCCUCUGGCAAGAAGAUGGAGAAGGAGAUGAAGAGCCGAGGCAUGAAGGCAGACAUGGCAGAGCCCCUCUCCCAGUACGACAUCAGCGCCUACCCCAUGGAGGGGGAGACUGGCGGCCCGGUCCCCAGCCCCGAUGGCUUCCAGGACGCCCUGGCCAAGAAGCAACGGCGCCCCCAAGAGGACGAUCGCAGAAGGAAGGAGCAGGGAGCAGCUGUGGGUGUGAAGAGCAGCAGGGCGAUGCCCUCCAAGAUGCCCCCGCGCUUCGCCAAGAAGACCAGCGGCCUCUCCAUGGAGCAGCCAGAGGAGGCGCUGUCCACCAGCAACCUGGGCACCGAGAUCUGGGAGAGCAACAGCUCAGCCCUUACUGUGCAGUCAUCUGGUGGAGACUCCUGGACCAAGCAGGUGUCCUACACGGGCAGCGAGCCCAACUCAGAGGACUCUGACGCGGGCCCAGAGCAGAGCAAAGAGCACAAGGUGCCGGGUCCGAUCGGCAACGAGCGCUCGCUAAAGCACCGCAAGGGCUCGGAGGCGGUGGAGCGGGAGCGGGAGCGCCUGGAGGGCGGCGGCGGCCCCAUCACCCCCGUCAACGGCGUGGUGGACCUGCACGUGGACAACGUCCUGCCUGUGCCCGUGCCGCCCAUCGAGUUCGGCGUCAGCGCCAAAGACUCAGACUUCAGCCUGCCGCCGGGCUCCGCGCCCGUGCCCGUCUCCAACCCCGUCACCAAGCUGCAGGACGCCCUCGCCGCCAACUCUAUCCCCAUGCUGCGCCGAGACCACCUGCAACCUGGCAUCAACCUCAACCCCAUCUCCUUCCCCAGUGCAGACCUCACACUCAAGAUGGAGUCUGCACGUAAGGCGUGGGAGAACUCCCAGUCGAUCCCGGAGCAAGGCUCCCCAGGGGGCCCGGGGUCAGGGGCCCAGCCCGCCUGCAGCGUGGGCUCCUCCAGCGGCGUCAGCUACAGCUCCUUCGGGGGGGUCAGCAUGCCCCCCAUGCCCGUGGCCUCCGUCGCACCCUCCGUCUCCAUGCAAGGUAACCACAUUGCUCCCCUGUACCUGGACGGCCAUGUCUUCCCCAGCCAGCCUCGCCUCGUACCCCCAACCAUGACCCAGCAGCAGAGCUACCAGCAGGCGGCGGCUGCUCAGCAGAUCCCCAUCUCGCUGCACACGUCCCUGCAGGCCCAGGCCCAGCUGGGGCUCCGCGGGGGACUCCCCGUCUCCCAGUCCCAGGAGAUGUUCAACUCCAUGCCUCCCUUCAGGUCGCAGGUGUACAUGCACCCCAACCUGUCUCAGCCGAGCCCCAUGGUGCUGUCAGGCGGCGCGCCCCUCAAGGGACCCUACUCGGCCUUCCCCGGCAUGCAGCCCUCCGACAUGGUCAAGCCCCAGUCCGGCUCCCACUACCAGCCCAUCAACGGCAGCCAGCAGCUGGUCUACGACGGCCAGAUGAGCCAGGGGCCCGGCAUGGGCACCUCCACGCUCAUGGACUCCCAACUCAUACAGGUGACGAUGCCGCUGCCUGGUUCCCAGCUGCGUUACGGCUCAGCCCAGCAGCACCUGAUCCUGCCCCAGUCCAUCCAGCUGCAGCAGGGCCAGAACCUGUCGGUGGGGGGGCCCCGACGCAUGAUGCCCCCCGGCUCCCAGCCCCCCGUCAUGACGCAGAGCAGAGAGGCGGACAUGAAGGGUUUCCAGUUUGCUGAUAAGCCCAAUCACUCUCCAGGCAUCCCCGGCUCCUACAGGCCUGGAUCAGCCAGCCCCAGUGGCAAACCAUCAGGACCAGGAGCUCCUGCUGUGGGCCCCCUCCCCACUCACUACACCCAACAGCAGGUGCCCACCCCACAGGGCAGCAUGGUGAUGCACAUGCGGCCGCCCACCACCGGCCCCUUCCCCACCCCCAUCCAGAGACCCAGCGUCAUGCCCACUAGCGUCAGCAAGCCAGUCAUCGUCCGCUCCCCUCCGUACCCCAGCCCUGGCCGCGAGCCCCACCCCCAACACGCCCAC